CAUAAUUUUUUCAUAUCUGUGUAUCACCUGUACAGUGAUUCCCUUAGUUGCUUUUCCUUUAAAUCCUCUCACUUUUUUUUUUUAAUUUGAAAAGAAGGUUUAAAAACAAAUGAUAUAUGGGCAGCUGCGGCCAACUUCUAGAAGAAAAGGGUUAUAGGGAAAACAACUUCUAAAUGCAAAGCAUAAAUUGUGAUUGAAUACUGGUUUAGGAAAAACUAGCUUCAAAAGAUGUUUGGGUGUCAAAUGGAGAAAAUUGAUCAUGAACUGGGUUUUAAAUGGUAUAAGGGAAUCGUUAAUUGUUUUAGGUCUGCUAAUGGUCUUACGGUUAUGUAGGAGCAUGUUCUUAGGAGACAGAUGCUGAAGAAUUAUUUAGGGGUUAAAUGGUGUGAUGUCUAGAAGGUGCUCAGUUCAGGGGAGAAAAAAGCUAGAUAGAUGGAUUGAUUGAUCAUGUGAAAAAGCAUUAAUGAUCAUUGAAUCUAAGCAGUAGGUAUAUGGCUGUUUAUUAUGCUAUGCCCUCAACUUGCUAUUUGAAAAUUUUCAUAAUAAAAAAAUUGGAAAAAAUAAAAAAGGGAAGGAAAACUUUAUCAGUAUAAAUGGCAAUGUAGCUCUCUUGCCAUAAAUAAACGAUUACUAUGAAAAUGAACACAGUGCACAACAAAAUAACAGUUCUAGUUGGAUUCUCUUCCCUUGCCAAGGCUCUGAGACUUUCUCCUUCAGGAAGAAUUAAGAGAGGAUUGAAAAGGGAGCUCUCUGCCACCUGGCUGGGGUCGUUUACACUGUUCCCCUCUGGGACCUGCUGUCCUGAGGACUUGCUCUCGCCUCUCAGGUGCUGCCGUCCCAUGGUUGAUGGGGAGCCCAGGCCAUGGUUGCCGUCUCCCGCCCUGGCCAUGGACGAGAUCACCUUCAAAAGCGACACCGUGCUGUCAGACGUCCACCUCCACACCCCGAACCAGAGACACCUCAUGGUGCGGCUGAGUGGCGUGGGGCAGCCCGUCUUCCUGUCCCAGUUCAAGCUUCUGUGGAACCAAGCCUCUCAGGCAGACUCGGGGGCUGAGGGUGGCGAUCACAGAGCCCAUCACGCAGAGGUGACGCCUCCCGCCAGGUCCCCUCCGGGGAGCGGCUGCAGCAGUGAAGGAGUCUCCCUCCAGGCUGGGGCUGAUGCCACCAGCCAAGAGGGGGUGGCAGCUCAGCUGGACGAGGAUGGGGAUUUGGACGUUGUGAGAAGACCACGGGCUGCCUCUCCCUCCAAGCCCUCGGGGCCUCCGAGAGACAAGGUACAUCCCAUGAUUCUAACGCAGGAGGAAGACGACGUCCUGGGAGACGAAGCACAAGAGAGUGGCCCCUACGAUGUCAUCAAAAUAGAGCACACCAUGGCCACCCCCCUGGAGGAUGUUGGCAAGCAGGUGUGGCGGGGCGCCCUGCUCCUGGCGGACUACAUCCUGUCCCAGCGGGACCUCUUCCAGGGUCGCACGGUGCUGGAGCUCGGGGCGGGCACCGGGCUGGCCAGCAUCCUCGCGGCCACCGUGGCGCAGACCGUCUACUGUACAGAUGUCGGUGCAGAUCUCUUGGCUAUGUGCCAGCGAAACAUUGCCCUUAACAGCCACCUGACUGCCACUGGAGGCGGUGUGAUUAAGGUCAAGGAACUGGACUGGCUGAAAGACGAUCUCUGCACAGAUCCCGAGGUCCCCUUCAGCUGGUCGGAGGAGGACAUCUCCGACCUGUACGGCCACACCACCAUCCUGCUCGCGGCUGAAGUGUUUUACGACGAUGACCUAACUGAUGCUCUGUUUAAAACAGUGUGCCGACUGGCUCACAGGUUGAAGAACGCCUCCACCGCCAUCUUCUCUGUGGAAAAGAGGCUGAACUUCACGCUGCGGCACCUGGACGUCACGUGCGAGGCCUACGACCACUUCCGCUCAUGCCUGCGGCGACUGGAGGGGCUGACCGGUGGGCGCCUGCGCUUCGUGGUGGAGCCGGUGGACGUCUCCUUCCCGCAGCUCUUGGUCUACGAGCGCAUCCAGCAGCUGGAGCUCUGGAAGGUCUUUGUGGAACCAGUAACAGAACCCAUCGUGUCUGCAGACACAGUUUCUUGACUCUUCUUGUGAUGUUUCCAAUAAAAUUGAAAGCUCACAAAGUAAUGUGCUUGAGAUUUUAUUGUUUAAAAAAUACGGCAAGUGGGCCUUGUGCGACCCAAUACGGUUUUCUGCUUCCCAGCAGCAGCCAGAGAUCGUCACUGCCCUAGGCUGGGAGUCCAUUUGGUCGCAUGUGGGUUUUGUGCUGCCGGCUUGGAGUAGGCGUUGCAGGGUGUUUGAGAGCUGCUUUGUCAAGUUGGGCGGUGUUCUCAGCUUGGUUCCGCUGGAGCUGAUGACCUUACCCAGGUGCUUCCCUUGGGGCAGGGGCCCCAGGCUGCACCCAUAGUCUUUUAUGUUCUCUUCUUCUAACUGCUUACAAAUGAGUUUAAUACCAUCUUCACAGUUGCCAUAGUACCACCCCGCAGAAUGGGGCACAGAAGCCUCCUUGCCUUCCACGCUGCGUGUGCCCUGUCCCUGUCCCUCUGCUGGGGGCCCCUUCAGAGGAGGAGGCAGGAGCUCCCAGACUGGACGCCUCUGGCGGUGGCCCUUGUUUUGUGUUUUAACCCUUUGUAACCAAAAUCGGGUGUGCGUAGAACAAACGUAAAAGCCGCUCCUUUGGGUCCUGCAGCUGCCUAGGGCCGGGGUCCACGCAGCCACCUGCCUCGAGGGCGUGUCCCUUCCUCAGCCUGGCCUUGUUCCC